UCUGUGGGUCGCGAAGCAGUAUGGCAGCCGUCGCGCUGAGGUCCUGCCGCAGAGGACUUUCACAGAUUUUAUCCAAUGGAGGGCUCUCUGCUUUCUCGUCUAAGCGUCUGGAAGUUGAUAGGAGGCACAAGUCCACAGUCCAGUAUGCAUCCCGGCCAGACCUUCCAAAGCUGGCAUACAGAAGAGUGAAGGGGAAGAGUCCAGGUGUGGUGUUUCUGCCAGGGUAUGGCUCCAACAUGAACGGCCAAAAGGCGGAGGCACUGGAGGAGUUCUGCAGGUCAUUAGGUCACUCUUACCUCAGGUUUGACUACACAGGACAUGGGGCUUCAGAGGGUGUCCUAGCAGAAGGAACAAUUGGUACCUGGAAAAAAGAUGUUCUGUUUGUGUUGGAUGAGUUAGCAGAAGGACCACAGAUACUGGUGGGUUCCAGUAUAGGAGGUUGGCUUAUGCUGUUGGCAGCCAUCGCACGGCCAGAGAAAACUGCUGCACUGGUGGGCAUUUCCACUGCUGCUGACCAUAUUGUCACAUCGUUCAACUCUCUUCCUAUUGAGGCACGCAAGGAGUUUGAAGAGAAGGGAGAAUGGACGGUGCCCACCAAACAUUCAGAGGAGGGUUUAUACAAGUUUAGCAUGGACUUUCUGCGUGAGGCAGAAAAUCACUGUGUGCUCCAGAGUCCCAUCCCCAUCACCUGUCCUGUACGACUCAUUCAUGGGCUCAAGGAUGAGGAUGUCCCCUGGCACAUUUCCAUGCAGGUUGCAGAGCGUGUCCUCAGCCCUGAUGUGGAUGUAAUCCUCAGACGGCAUGGCCAGCAUCGCAUGUCAGAGAAGGACGACAUCAAGCUUAUGGUCUACACCAUUGACGAUCUCAUAGACAAGCUGACCACUAUGGUCUGAGUAAGCGGUAGAGGCGUUGCUAAGUUAUCAAAAGAAGGACUGUGAUUACUGUGAAGGCAACUCUCAAGGAAAUUACCAAACAACGGCACCUUUCUCUGCCAAAUACGACCUUUUUUCCUUCUGUUAUUCAACUGUUGUUUCAUCAUGCCGUUACAGUGCACACUAUAUAUGGAAAGGGAACUCUCCUGCUAGCUGAUCCCUUGUAUUUUCAGGUUGCAUAUGUAUGUGUUUCAGGUCAUAUGUUGAGUGUUAUGUUGGUUAGCCUGUUUUUUUAGGUCUGCCGCUGCUGCUGUCUCUGCCACUGUUCGUACCAUCUGACUGCUUUUACUCCUUUAGAUGCAUAGUUUUCUGUGCCUUUUUUUAAUUACUUUUCACUCUGUUUUGGCCAAUAAAAUCUCUGCACGCUACA